GGCGGCGGAGUUGCGCGCGCGCGAGGCGGUGCUCACGUUACCGAGCUGUCAGCGUUUAACGUCGCGUUUGACCCCGAAAUCAGCGAGCCGCCGGUCCGCGCGGUUUAUUCCGCCUUUUGGGGAAAAAAAAAAAGAAGAAACGAGGAUCUGCGGAACCGCAGUGCUGGAAAAAAAAAAAACCGCUCCCGCUGCGGACCUCGGUUCCGUUACCGACCGAAACCACCACCAGGACACAAUGACCCACACCGACAACGACUGACCUGAAGGAAAAGUCGAUUCUUUCCGGGACAGAAAGCCUCCACUGUGCAACAUGUCUGUGCCUGUUUUCUGUAGAAUAUUUGACUGCCUCCAGGGGGCGCCACAGGCAGAGAACGUGUUGGCUAAAGCGCUGUACGACAAUGUGGCAGAGUCUCCUGACGAGCUGUCCUUCCGUAAAGGCGACAUCAUGACCGUGCUGGAGCGCGACACGCAGGGCUUGGAUGGCUGGUGGCUCUGUUCGCUCCACGGCCGCCAAGGCAUCGUCCCUGGCAACCGGCUAAAAAUUCUGGUGGGGAUGUACGACAGCAAGCAGCAGCCGGCGUCGCCUUCCCCGCAGGAUACGACCACUUCCUGUCCGGUGUCUCAGUCGCAGCAAGCCCUGCCCCCACACAGUGCCUACGCCAAGCCUGUGCUCACUGGAUCCUCCUCCAUCAUCGCCUCUCCUGGCUUUGCCACCAAGCCCCUCCCCUCGGCUCAGUACACAUCCAUGCACGCCGCCUACUCCACCCCCAGCCCCGCCCAGCCUAACCCUGACUCCAUCUACAUGAUGCCGCCCUCUCACGGCCCCAAACCGAGCCCACAGAGUGUAUACCAGGUCCCCUCAGGACCCAGUGGUCCCCCUCCACAGGUUCAACCUGGACCCCCGAGUAAGGCCCUACCCCAGAGACAGUACCAGGAAAUCUACCAAGUGCCCCCCACUGUGGGCCCCGGACCAAACCAGGGUCUCACUCAGGGAGUGACUACAGCCGGGGGACUAGGGACUGGACAGGAUGUCUACCAGGUGCCCCCGUCCCUGGACAAGAGAAACUGGGAGAGUAACAAGCCACUGAACAAGGUUGUGGUUCCAACUCGAGUGGGGCAGGUUUACAUCUACAACACAAUCAAAUCGGAUCAGGAUGAGUACGACGUUCCACCCAGACACCAGCCUCCAACGCAACACGACAUCUACGAUGUCCCACCCACCCGCCAGCAGUACAGCACACAGGUCUAUGAUACUCCUCCCAUGGUGGUGAAGGGUCCCUCUGGUGGUCAGGAUGUGUAUGACAUCCCAGCAAGCACAGACAAGAACGCGCAGCAAAUGGUCUAUGAUUUUCCACCAUCUGUCAGUAAAGAUGUCCCUGACACUCAGCCAAUCAGAGAGGAGACCUACGACGUACCGCCCCACUUCCCCAAACUGAAGCCACAACUUCCCGUUGCUCCUGGCAACAGCAGUGCCCUCGGCCCGUAUCUGCUCAACAACUUGAACGACGACGAUGACGACGAGCCGCCGAUUCCAGAGGAUGUGUACGACGUCCCGCCCCCUAUCCUCGCAGACAAGCAUUUCCACGGCGACAAGGGGGGAGUCGGGCUGCUUCCUCGAGAGAUCUACGACAUCCCGGCGAGCCUGCGAACCGCCGGCGGUCACACGACACGGGACGUGUACGACAUCCCCCGUGAGCGGGAGGAGAGAGGAAGCGACAGAGGGGAGCAGUACGUCUACGACGUCCCACCUCAGGUGGUUCGUGAUGCUCAGUCCACGAGCGAGGACCUGAGCGUGUCCUUCAAGCGUCUGUCCGCGUCCAGCACGGGAAGCACCAGGAGCAGCCACUCCUCUUCUUCCUUAGACAUGGUUCCUGUCCGAGACGCCUCGUCCUCGCUUCCCGCCAGCUCCGCGUCUGGGAAACCCCUCGUCUUGGACCUGGAGCAGGCCAUGGAGCGUUUGACGCGCCUGCAGCAGGCUGUCGAGUCCAGUGUGUCCCUCAUGAUGUCGUUCAUCACGGGUAACUGGCGAAGUCCGGCCCACCUGGAAGGGAACCUCCCUGCGAUCCACCAGGCAGCCGACCGGGUGCGAGCUACAGUACGGGACUUCCUGGAGUUUGCGCGGGGAGCUGUGGCGAAUGCCGCGCAGGCCACGGACCGCUCGCUGCAGUCCAAACUGGGCCGUCAGGUGGGAAAGAUGGAGGAGGUCUUCCAGAGUCUAAUCCAUCACAGUCAGAGUUUAGACGCCAUUUCCUGGUCGCCCGCGGUGCUCACAGCACCGCCACCAGGUGGCGACGACUUGGACCGACUCAUCAUGACGGCACGCGGAAUUCCAGACGACGCCAAGCAGCUCGCCUCCUUCCUCCACGGUAACGGCUCACUGCUCUUCAAACGGACCAAUCGUCAGCAGCAGCAGCCGCUUCCUCCUAUCCCCGGCGAGAUCAGUGGUCACAUGACCGGGUCAGGAAACGGGAGCUACCAAGGAGGGGAGAAGGUCAACAUUCAGUCACGGCCGCUCCCUUCACCGCCAAAGUUUACGGCCACAGAAGAAGAAGGCGGAGUGGAGCGGCCGUACGAGACCACGGAGGAGGGCUGGAUGGAGGACUACGACUACGUCCACCUGCAGGGAAAAGAAGAGUUUGAGAAAAACCAAAAGCAGCUGCUGGAAAAAGGCAACAUCAUCCAAAACAACAAAACACAACUGGAACAGCAGCAGAUUAAACAAUUCGAGCGCCUGGAGCAGGAAGUCAGCCGGCCAAUAAACAACGACAUGACAGGCUGGGUUCCGCCCCAACACCAUCCUGUGACCAACCAGCUGAGCCAGAACGGCUCUGGGGGCUCGUCCUCAUCUAAGCUGUGCCACGGUGACCGCCAGCUCCUCCUCUUCUACCAGGAGCAGUGCGAGCAGAACGUGACCACGGUGACGAACGCCAUCGACGCCUUCUUCACCGCCGUCAACUCCAACCAGCCGCCCAAGAUCUUCGUGGCGCACAGCAAGUUUGUCAUCCUCAGCGCGCACAAGCUGGUGUUCAUCGGAGACACGCUGUCGCGGCAGGCCAAAUCGCCGGAGGUGAGGUCACGGGUGGCACAGAGCAGCAACACGCUCUGUGAAAAACUGAAAGACAUCGUGAUCAGCACCAAGACGGCAGCGCUGCAGUACCCGUCACCCGGGGCGGCGAGGGAGAUGACGGAGCGGGUGAGGGAGCUGGCCGGGUGCACGCAGCACUUCCGGAUGGUGCUGGGACAGCUGCUGGUCAUGUAGGGGCGGGGCCAGGGAGGAGCAAUGGACAACCAAUCAGAAACUGAGAGACCAGCACCUGAUUUGACUUGCUGGAACAUAGCAGGUCUUUGGACACAGACGUCGGCCCGCCAUCACCUGGUUCCUGGUGCCGGUUCUCCCUCCUCCCCGGGUGUUUAGACCAAACAGAACCUUUUGUCUUCAGCGGGCCAACAGAUGUAAAAUAAUCACUGUAAAUAUUUAAGUUACAUUUAUCAAAGAAAGAAAGACUCGAGAACUUCCAGCAAUAUACGGGGUUUUUUUCAUGCAAGAAAAAAAAGGUGAAAACAGACGUAGUUUUUAGACGAUAUCAACUAUUCUAAUUAUUGCUACACUUAUAUAAUGACGGCUCAUCACGUGUUCCUGUUCUUCUCCAUCCCCAAAGCAACAGCGGCUCCUCUCAACACAAAAAGAAAAGGACACUGACGCACAAAACCAGUUUUUAAAUGUCAGCAGGAAACAAAAGAACGAGUUUCAGGCCGAAGCAGUCGGACCUGUUGGUUCGUGUUUCAGCCGAGUGGCUUCAGAAUAACGAGGUGGUGUUUUUGUUGUCUUGGAGUCUUGAUCUCGCCCUUUGUGCUCACGUGGACUCGCACGGCUUUUCAUUGACGUGUGAGAGACUGAGGAUGUCUGAGACACCAGAGGACAGGACUGUGGACAUGAUGCUAGCAGUCGCAUGUCAAAGAUGUUAGCUAGAUGAAGCUGCGCGUCUGACAUCCUUCUACCCGCCACAAGCACGGUCACUCCACAUCCCUCUCCAGGGUACCAGGUGACCUUAACGACCCUCCGGAGUCGGUACCCGGUCGGCUCAAUCGACUUCAAAACCCGUUACCAUCCUCGAUCUGUGAUGUCUCUCAGUCUUCCAGGCAGAUGAUCUCCAGAGGUUUGAAGGCGCCUGGACCUGUUCGGUCUUCGGGUGGUUUCUCAUAAGACGACUUGAAGAUUGAGACGGUCGUUGAAAGACGUGACAUCACCUGAUUGAACAAACAUCAGUGAGUAAAGUUACUUUUGAUGAAACCUCUGGAGAGCUUCACAUGGACGAGUCUUCAAGGCCUCAGGAGAGGCUGCUGCAAAGCUUCAUGGGAAAUGGUUCAAAUCUUUUAGAAACAGCUGAUUUGGUGCAUCAACAGUUCCGACGGGGCAGGGUUUGUUUGUUUUUGUUGUUAUUAUGCAGUGUAGCUUAUUUUCUAAGAGGCAUGUGUUUAAGUGUCAAAGGUCACCGCUGAAACCAUGAAACAAUUAAACCUGAUUCUCAUUUCAUUCA